AGAUCAAAAAAAUGGGUAACCCAGAAACAGCGCAAGUGUACCCAGUCGCUACGGGACCCCAAAUGGAUUCAGCUCCGCCCCCGUAUACGGUAGUGGGCGGCGCGCCAGUUGCCGUGGAAAUGCAGCCGGUUUAUGCGGCUUAUCCCCAACAACAGGCUUACGGCCAGCCGACUGUUGUGCAGGCUCAUGUAGUCCAGCAGCCUACUCAGGCUACUGUAAUCAUUAGUGCUUCUGUGAAACACGUGGAUCAGGAUAAACCAUAUUUGGAGUACUGUCCGAGAUGUCAGACAUCUGUAACAACUCGAACUGUUCACUCAAUUGGAACCUGCUGGUGGAUUAUUUUAUUCAUUGGAGUUUUCGUUUUCUGCUGGCCAAUUCUUUACUGUCUUUGCUGUGCCGGUUCAAAGGAUGUUAAGCAUUUUUGCCCGAAUUGUGGAACCAUGUUGGCUUGCAAGAAGAGAGGAUGCUAAACUUGUUUAUUUUUUGAAUUUUCUCCGUUGUUUCUAUGUAAAAAUCCAAUAAACCUGCUAAUAUGUCUU